AUGGCCUCGAUACCUCAUCCGAGGCAUUUCGUGGCCAUUGUUGACAUGAUAUUAGGCUUUCUCCGCGCCUGUCAACCCAUCCAGUUCGUCCUGGCCGGUCUCCUGGCUGCCGGCGUGGCCACCAUACAGCUGAUGAAGCGCCGCCGUACCGUAUACCUCAUCGACUAUGCUUGCUCCCAGGGUAUUGGCAGCUGUCGUGUGCCAAAAGCCACGUUCAUCGAGCAUAUUCACCUCAACCCAUUGUUCGAUGACCACAGCGUCUCCUUCAUGACGCGCAUGCUGGAAAGCAGCGCCAUUGGCGAGGAGACCAGACUGCCGCCCGGAGACUUUUAUAUGCCGGCACAGAAUAGCUUCCAGGAGGCCGGCGCCGAGGCGGAGCUGGUCGUCUUCUCGGCCAUCGACGACCUAUUCGCCAACAGGAUGGUCACCGCAGACGCCAUCGACAUACUGGUAGUAAACUGCAGCGUCUUCGCCCCAGUGCCGUCCAUCACCGACAUGAUCGUGAAUAGAUACAAGCUCCGUGAUGACGUCCGCGCCGUAAACCUUUCCGGUAUGGGAUGCAGCGCCGGCGUGAUCUCGGUGGGUCUCGCGGCCGGCAUGCUGCAAGCAACGGGCCACGGCGCGACGCAGCACGCUCUGGUCGUCUCCACGGAGAUCAUCACUUCUAACUUCUACACCGGCAAGGAGAGGCCCAUGCAGCUCUCCAACAUCCUGUUCCGGGUCGGCGGCGCGGCCGUGCUGCUGUCCACAUCGGAGGACAGGGCGCGGUUCCGCCUCUCGCACCUCGUCCGGACGAGCACCACGGGCACGCACGACGGCUCCUACACGUGUGUCUUCCAGGAAGAGGACGGCGAGGGCAACUUAGGUGUCAACCUGUCCAAGGAUCUCCUGGCCGUCGCCGGCAACGCUCUCAAAGCCAACAUCACAGCCGUCGCGCCCCUCGUCCUCCCUCUCUCCGAGCAGCUGACCUUCGCCCUGUCCUUUGUGGCCAGAAAGCUGGGGCUGACCGUGAAGCUGCACGUCCCCGGCUUCCGCAAGGCGUUCGACCACUUCUGUGUGCACUGCGGCGGGCGCGCGGUUAUCGACAAGGUGCAGAGCAGCCUAGGGCUGUCAGACGAGCAAGUGGAGGCGUCCCGCAUGACACUUCACCGGUUCGGGAACACGUCGAGCAGCACGGUGUGGUAUGAGCUGGCGUACAUCGAAGCGAAGGGCCGGAUGCGGAAGAACGACAAGAUAUGGAUGAUUGGGUUUGGAUCUGGGUUCAAGUGCAACAGUGCCGUCUGGGAGUGCAUCCGACCGGCAGACCAGCCGGACAGAGCAUGGGCCGGGUGCAUACAUCGAUACCCGUCUGCACUCCCCUAA